CUGAUUUGAUGACGAUUUCCUACUGAAACGUUUGUUUUGCGUGCGGCAACACACAAGAUAAGCAUCAUUCAACAAAGUUUACAAAAUAAAGGAAGAACGCAAAUCAUUCUCACCACGCUGAGCAUUUAUUUUACCUCAUAAGGUUAGAAAUCACUAACUUUGGGUCAAGAUGUCGUACAUGCUACCACAUCUCCACAAUGGUUGGCAGGUAGAUCAAGCCAUUUUAUCCGAGGAGGACCGAGUACUUGUUAUCCGUUUCGGACACGACUGGGAUCCUACUUGUAUGAAAAUGGACGAAGUGCUUUACAGCAUUGCUGAAAAGGUAAAGAAUUUUGCUGUCAUUUACCUUGUGGACAUCACAGAAGUGCCUGAUUUCAACAAGAUGUAUGAGUUAUACGACCCCUGCACGGUCAUGUUCUUCUUUAGGAACAAACACAUCAUGAUUGAUUUGGGAACUGGUAACAACAAUAAGAUCAACUGGCCAAUGGAGGACAAGCAGGAGAUGAUAGACAUUGUUGAAACAGUGUAUCGAGGAGCGAGAAAAGGAAGAGGUCUGGUGGUGUCUCCCAAGGAUUAUUCUACAAAAUACAGAUAUUGAUUUUUUUGGUUUUCUCCUUUUUUUUUCCUUCAUUUUUUUCUCCUGAUAUUUCGAGACAACACAGACUACAAAUAUGAGAAAUAAGGAAUAUCUUUGACUUUUUUUCCUUUGCCAGCAAAGGACAGUUUUCUCAUUAAUGUUCUUGGUUGUGUUUGUACCAUUUGUGUUUUGUGAGCAGAACUGUUUUAUUCACUUAAGCGUGUUGUGUCGUGUGUGAAAAAUACUUAAUUUUAUCAAACAAGUGCAACACGUCAGGCAUGUUAAACAAGGCUUCAUAAGUGUUGAAAUAAACAUGAUUUUAUACAUA